AUGGUUGAGAGAUCCACUAAUCUAGACUCCAGGAAUUACUUUUUAUUAACAAUAAGUGCCAAGACUUUUUGUAACAACAUGUCUCUUCAAUUUUCUGAUGUCUAUGUCAAAGCAAAGAACUUCCAGAAUUCCUUGGUUCUUCUUGCUGAAUAUUUUGAAUUCACUUGCACCAAGAAACUGCAAGAAUUUCUCACACAGGAGUUGAUGGCUUCAAUUUUGAGUCCUUUCAAAACUUUGCAUGCUAAGUCUUUUGAAUUGAAGGGAGUCAAUAAUGAAAAGAAGAAGACUAAGACAUGGAACUCCAAGACCAGAAUUUCUGAUUAUUAUACAAACAAUGAAGACACAUCCCUGCCAAUCUUGACCAUGGUCAAGACAUCUGCAGAUGAGCAUCUGCAAGAACUUGCUUGCAUUUUAAUUGAUUCAAUCAUUGAACUGGAUACCAACAGUGAUGAUGAGGAUGAAGAUGUUGAUUCUUCAUAUAUCAUUGACACACAAUUUGCCUCUGAAACUCUAGACCUCUUAUUUUCAUCAUUUGGAUCACAUUUCAGGGCUUCUCUGAUUGCUGAAUUGAUAUUGACAGCAGAAGAUCAUUCAUUUUCAGAAAUUGAUCAGUCUAUUACUGAUGUUCAAAAGAUAAUCAGUGUUGCUGCAUGA